AACAUUUCCACAACACGGAAGUGCGGUGCAGCGUUCAGUUUCUCCAGAAAUAAAUGUUUCUCUUUGCCACAGACUGCUAAAUUACAUCUAGCUCCAGUUAUGAAAGUGAAUGUCAGUAGCUUAAUGUAAGAGUGUAUAUUGCCAUUCAAGUGUUAAAGAAAAUUCACGGAUAUAACGAGUUUGGGACAUAUCUAAUCCACCAUGGAACCCACAGCUUCUGGAAUGUUCUGUAACAGAAUGCUUAGCAUGGUAAACUCUGAGGAUGUCAACGCCAUUAUCCAAGCCCAGAGGCACAUGCUGGACCGCUUUGAGAAGACCAAUGAGAUGCUGAUCAACUUCAAUGGACUUUCCAAUGUACGGCUGCAGCAGAUGAACGAACACUUCCUGCUUCACACGCGCACCCUGGUGGAGAUGAAGAAGGACUUGGACAGCAUCUUUAGGAGAAUCAGGACUUUAAAGGUUAAGAUCGCCAAGCAGUACCCAGAGGCCUUCAGCAACGUCCAUGAGUCGCCGGUCCUGGAGGACGACGAGUUUGAUCCCAUCCCGCCCAGUGUCGCCACGAUGAUCGCCGCCACCAUGUCGGGGCAGAGCACCGAGUCAUGUGACACGAGCCCCGACGUCAUUUCCCCGAAUGUAAGCCGGUUUUCCGAAGACCUCUCCCAGGAGCAGGCCGACACGCCCACCUCUGACCAAGGCCUGCCUAGCCCUGAAACGGACAUGCUGAGGGACGAGGGCCCGGACUCAGUGCCUGCAGAGUAAGCCCAGGCUUAGGGCUCUACUCAGUACCGGAAGAGUAGAGCCUUCGUAACCCAGGCCUAGGGUUCUACUCAGUGCUGGCAGAGUAGAGCCUCCGUAACCCAGGCCUAGAGCUCUACUCAGUACCCGUAGAGUAGAUAGAAGCAGCAGCAGGUCAAUGUGAUUGAUUUGGCUUUUGACCAGUUAUCUGGUUUGUCGGUUCUGAAUCAGAAGCUGAUUUGAUGGUCAGGAUUUAAACCAGCACACUGACUACUGUUCACCUGUAACCGCCAAGACUGUGUCCAAAGAUCCCUUUUGUAGACACGCUUGUCCAUCACUCGCCACUAACAAUGAAGAAGAUACUUGAAUCUGUGUUCAAGUACUGAAUCCUUAAUUACUGACCACAGGAGGACUGCACCCAGCUAGUCAUUUGUUUGUGUUUGUGUGCACAGGAGUCUCUCAUUAAUAAUGGUUGAGCUUGGAAAUAUUCACUAAUUUAAAGAGGUAGUGAGCUUUGUUGGUCAUGGGUAAGCCUAUUGCAAGCCAGCUAAUCGCAAUAGUACGGCCUACCAAAAUAUGGUUACAUUUUUUAGUAACACACCUCAGUGUUAUUUACCCUAUUAAAACUAGAGCCUGACCGAUAUGGUUAUUUGGGUCUGAUUUUUGAGGGACAAAACCUACCGAUGCGGAUAUAUCUGCUGAUAUACUGUUUUACAGCAGGGAAAUGAAAGUGUCAUUUUCCACGUUGAAUUCUCCUAAAUUGCCAUUCAGAAGAGCAGUUUUCCAAGAAAUAUGCUGCUAAUGUUGAUUUCUUACAUUGUGACAUGAUGAGAAUGUCCGCAAACAUUCAGAUCAGCUUGAGAUACCCUUUUUCCCCCAUCCUAUUUAUUGAAUAUUAGUUAUCGUGGAAUUAUCGGCUGAUACCAAUAAAGCGUUAAAAUGACAAUAUCAGCAGAUCAUUUCGGCGACGCAAUAUAUCGGUCAGCUUCUAAUUGAAACCUCACCACCACAGACUUUUUUUGUUUAACAUGCAAAAUGUGUUAGUUGCUGCAUGGAAGAGUUCAGUAUUAUUGUUUUCCGUUGUUUCUCAGAUAUGCAUUUUAUUUUGUUGGGAUGACUUGAGCUCGAGUACUAGGCUACAUUGUAAAUGACCUCUCGGUGAAGUGGCUAACUUAAGCUUUCUAAGUCUUUAUCUGUAUCAUGAUUACGGUAAAUGUUACGUAACAACUUGAUUGCUAAAUUAUAUUAAUUGGUUUGUUUAACAAUUAAAAUACUUGAAACAUGA